UUAAAUGAGCGCAUAAGAUGCAGUUUAUUUGACACCAAACACUUCGAUUCGUAUAAAAGACGUUGCAGACAUCACAAGUAAUUAAAUCCAAUCAAUUGCUACCAAAGCAAACAUCUGUCCUAGUGUUGAAAACAGUUAGCUCUUGCAUCCAAGAAAAAUGUCUUUCAAAAUCCUAAUUUUCAUCGUCAUCGUUUCGGCUGUAUCAGCGAUUCCAAUCGACAUCCAUGGUGACGCUCCAGCCCAUUACGACUUUUCGUAUUCUGUACAUGAUCCUCAUACGGGCGAUAUAAAAAGCCAAUCAGAAUCGCGUAAAGGUGACGCUGUUAGUGGACGCUACGAGCUUAUUGACUCCGAUGGUCACAAGCGCAUAGUUGACUAUACCGCCGACGAUCAUAAUGGUUUCAAUGCCGUCGUUCACCGUGAACCAACUAGCAUAAAAAUUCCGUACGCUGUUACCAAAGUUGUUGCCCCGGUUUAUCAUUCCGCACCAGCCAUUCAUUAUGUUCAACCAGUGCAUCAUGUAGCCAAAGUCAUUACACCAGUCACACACAUUUUGCCUGCUCAUGUCAGCUUUAAAACACCAGCAAUCAAUUACCAUUACUAGAAGUGUAAAUUCCUUGUGGAACAGACAAAAGUCCUAAAACCGUUUAGUCACCGAUACCUAGCUAUGAAUUGUAGAUUUGAUACUGUUUUAACUAUUUAAAUAAAUGAAUCCUAAAAUAA